AUGACAGCGUUGGUGCCUCCCGCGAUCCAAGGAGAUGUCCACCCCGGGCUGCAGGCCAAGGAGGAGCCGGGGAGGCCUGACUCAGGCUGUUUGAGCAACGGGGGCGGGAGCGGCAAGCAGCAGAGUAAGCAGGAAAUCCACCGGAGGUCCGCCCGGCUCCGCAACACCAAGUACAAGUCUGCUCCAGCUGCCGAGAAGAAGGUUUCCACCAAAGGAAAAGGGCGAAGACACAUUUUUAAAUUAAAAAACCCCAUCAAAGCGCCUGAGUCAGUUUCCACCAUAAUCACUGCAGAAUCAAUCUUCUACAAGGGGGUAUAUUACCAAAUUGGAGAUGUUGUUUCUGUGAUUGAUGAGCAAGAUGGGAAAUCCUACUAUGCCCAGAUCCGGGGUUUUAUCCAGGACCAGUACUGUGAGAAGAGCGCAGCACUGACGUGGCUCAUCCCCACUCUUUCUAGCCCCACGGACCGAUUCGAUCCUGCAUCCUACAUCAUAGGACCAGAGGAGGAUCUUCCCAGGAAGAUGGAAUACUUGGAGUUUGUUUGUCAUGCACCCUCUGAAUAUUUCAAGUCACUUUCAUCACCAUUUCCCACAAUUCCCACCAGACCAGAAAAGGGCUAUAUAUGGACUCAUGUUGGACCUACUCCUGCAAUAACUAUUAAGGAAACAGUUGCCAACCAUUUGUAGUUUAAAAAGUAAAACUGGAUUUCCAGUUAUUGUCUAUUCAUAUUACUACAAGAUAUGCCACAUGUUCAUUUAAUGAAAUUCUUAGAUGGAAAAAUGACUAAAAAGUUUUUCCCUACCACAUAGUAAUCAUUAGUUUAUUUAUUACUAGUCACUUGGAAAACAAAAAAGGAUAGAAAAGAAUUAAAUAUAUUUUGAAGUUAAAUGUUACAGUCUGCAUGGGUAUCUUCCCAAGGAGACCAUUAGAAACAGUGUCUAUUUUUUAUCCAUAAUUUAUUUAUAGAAACUCAUAAAAUGGAUUGUAUUUUUCUAUAAGGACAAAAUAUGAAUUAAGGUUUGGAUUUCUGAUGGACUUAACGCAAUAAAAUGUAGCUAUGACCGGUUUAUCUGUCACAAAGUUACACAAACUUCUGUAUAGGAAAUGCCAUGGCAGACUGCUGGCUGCUUUAACCUGAAGGAAAGUGAUCGGUGGAUAAUUUUAUUAGCUCAGGCCGUUCAAAUUUGCAUCUAAUUCUUCUGUAGCAAAGAGGGAUUCAGAAUCAUUUUGUUGAUCUUAAUAUCAGUUACCAGUCAAAACAAGCCUUUCAAUCAAACCAUAAGAUUUUAUAGUGCAGACAGUUAACUUCACUAAAAGCACACAGGAAACACUGACAGUUGAGGUACCCCACUUGGUCCUUUCUUGACCAUUAGAACAGCCAUUAAUCGUAAAAAUGAUUAAUAGGUCAACUAUAAUUGAAAAUUUUUAAAUUUUUUGUAAUUAAAAAUAAAGGUUUAAUAGAUCGUUAGCAUUGAUAUCUAAAGAAGUCUACCCCAAAGUUAAACCACCUGCUAUAAACUCAUAAUAAUGGGCUUAAAGCAAUACAUUGGAUUUAGAAGGCCUGUUGUUUGUGACAUUUCCCAGAAUUCAGGUACAGGUUUACUUCAAGUGCAAGUCAGUGAAGUCAGGGUGCAACACUGUGAAAAUGGGAGGAAGUGGAGAUUGUGCACACUUGCCUCCUCUUCUGACUUAGCAUUUUUUAACCCAGAAGAAUUUGUCAGGACCUAAUUUAAUCAGAAUGAUUUUGAAAUGUAGCACUAUUAACUGUUACCCCUUUCUACCCAGGUACGGUUUGUGUGUUAGAAGGAAGCAGCUGGAGAUAGUUUUAUGUCCAUAGUUAGCUCUCUGUAGUUAUCUUUCUGUUCACAAAAAUUAUAGUAAAAUUGAUUGUAAAUACCAUUGUAAAUAACUAUCUAAAUGCUAAUGUUCAAUGUAUUUUAAAUGUAUUAAAAUGUAUUUUAAAAAACACAUUUUAAUACCAUGUAUUUUUCACUAUGUAUUUUCCACAAUGUAUUAAAAUGUAUUUUUGCAAUGUA